ACAACCAUUAGGUGAGACAUAACUGGAACCACAAGAGAAUUCCCUGGAAGGUUCUUCUAUAAUAUUAUACAUGCAAUGCGUUAGCAUUUUUCCUCUCAACAACUCUUGAUCUAUAAAACUUUUCUCAUUGAAAAGUUGAUAGCAUCAAACACAUAUUCAGAAAAUGAGGCUUGUCAUCUCAGCUUUCUGUGGUCUUGUGUUAUUCUCAUGUGCAGUUGCUUAUGAUCCUUUGGAUCCAAACGGAAACAUAACAAUCAAAUGGGAUAUCAUGUCUUGGACACCAGAUGGCUAUGUGGCUACUGUAACAGUUCACAAUUUCCAAAUGUUUCGGCACAUCAUGAAUCCUGGGUGGACCUUGGGAUGGACAUGGGCCAAGAGAGAAGUGAUUUGGUCCAUGGUAGGAGCUCAAGCCACAGAGCAAGGAGAUUGUUCUAAGUUCAAAGGCAACAUACCUCAUUGCUGCAAGAAAACUCCAACAGUUGUAGACCUUCUCCCUGGUGUUCCUUACAACCAGCAAUUCUCAAACUGCUGCAAGGGUGGAGUGGUGGCUGCAUGGGGCCAAGAUCCUUCACAGGCUAUCUCAUCCUUCCAAGUGAGUGUAGGCCAAGCUGGUACCACAAACAGGACAGUGAAACUUCCCAAGAACUUCACCCUCUUGGCUCCUGGACCAGGCUAUUCCUGUGGCCCUGCCAAGGUUGUUCCUUCCACAACUUUCCUUACACCUGACAAACGCCGCAAGACUCAAGCACUAAUGACUUGGAACGUUACCUGCACAUACUCACAGUUCCUGGCAAGAAAGAAUCCAAGUUGUUGUGUAUCUUUGUCCUCCUUCUAUAAUGAAACUAUCACCCCUUGUCCCUCUUGUGCCUGUGGCUGCCACAACAAGAAGAAUUGUGUCAAGAGUGACUCCAAAAUUCUCAGCAUGGUGGGUCUUCACACUCCCAAGAAAGACAAUGAACCAUUGCUGCGGUGCACACAUCACAUGUGUCCAAUCAGGGUUCACUGGCAUGUCAAGGUUAACUAUAAGGAAUAUUGGAGAGUCAAGAUUGCCAUUACAAACUUCAAUUACAGGAUGAAUCACUCCCUGUGGUCUCUUGCUGUUCAGCAUCCAAAUCUUAACAAUCUCACCCAAGUUUUCAGUUUCAAUUACAAGCCUCUUCUUCCCUACGGUUCCAUAAAUGACACUGGAAUGUUCUAUGGCAUGAAAUACUUCAAUGAUCUUCUAAUGGAAGCUGGACCAACAGGGAAUGUUCAAUCAGAGUUGCUUCUUCAGAAGGACAAGGAUGCAUUCACAUUCAAGCAGGGGUGGGCUUUUCCUCGCAAGAUCUACUUUAAUGGCGAUGAAUGCAUGAUGCCUCCACCUGACACCUACCCAUUUCUACCUAACUCAGCACCUCCACGCCUAAUUACCUUCCCACUAUCUAUUUUCUUACUGUUUUUCUUUUUAGCAGUUUGGUGAACUAGUGCAUAGUGUCAGAAUUUUGUGAAAAUUUUGAAACCUUGUAUACCUUCUCCAUGAUUACGUGACAAUAGGCAUGAAUACUCAAAUUCUUUGGAAACACCAAGCCAAUCUCAUGGCUGUGUUUUUCUGACAUAAGCACCAGGGAUGCUGAAUGUAAAUCUCAACAGUUAUUUUGUCUUAAUCAUAGAUUCCUGAUGCUGUUACAGCAAUGCCAUAAUGAAUAAUUCAUACGCUUUCUA